AAAAAAAGAAUGGGGAAGAGCAAGGUUCUAGUUGUUGGGGGCACGGGUCAUAUGGGGAGGAGAAUUGUGACGGCAAGCUUAGCGCAGGGCCACAUAACUUAUGUGCUUCAAAGGCCAGAGAUUGGGCUCGCCAUUGACAAGCUUGAAAUGCUUUUGUCUUUCAAGAAACAAGGGGCUCGCCUCAUCGAGGGCUCGUUUUCGGAUUACGGUAGCCUCGUUGAAGCUGUUAAAAAAGUUGACGUGGUGAUCUCCGCCAUGUCUGGAGAACAUAAUCAUCCUGACAGCCAUAACCUCCUUUUGCAGCUCAAGCUCGUUGAAGCUAUCAAAGAAGCAGGAAAUGUUAAGCGAUUCUUGCCAUCAGAAUUUGGCAUGGAUGCAGCAAGGAUGGGAAAUGCAAUUAUACCAGGAAGAGCAAUAUUUGACGACAAAAUGAUAGUGAGAAAAGCAAUAGAAGAAGCUAAAAUCCCUUUCACUUAUAUUUCUGCUAAUUGUUUUGCUGGUUACUUUGUUGGAAACCUUUCUCAGCUCAUUGACUCUCUCGUCCCCCCAAAACAAAAGGUUUUCUUAUACGGGGAUGGCAAUACUAAAGUUGUUUAUAUGGACGAAGAUGAUAUAGCAGCAUAUACGAUUAAGACAAUAGAUGAUCCUCGUGCGUUAAAUAAAACUGUAUUCUUGAGGCCACCAGAGAACAUUCUCUCCCAAAGACAAUUAGUUGAAAUAUGGGAAAAGCUGAGUGGGGAGAAACUAGAGAAAGUCCAUCUUUCUGGAGAAGAAUUCCUAGCAUCCAUGAAAGAUAUGGACUUUGCAGGACAAGUGCAUGUAGCGCAUUUCUAUCACAUAUUCUAUGAAGGUUGUUUAACUAACUUUGAAAUUGGUGAAGGUCAGGAAGAAGCUUCAGAGCUUUACCCAGAGGUGAAUUACACCAGGAUGGAUGACUACUUGAAACGAUUUUUAUAAAGAUAUUAUAUAUCUGCAGCCAGUAGUUCAUACCGUAAGCAUUA